UCCAGCAAGGAGCUGUCAGAACUGAUUGAAAAGUUGCAGAAAAAUGCUGACCAAGUUGAAAAGAACAUUGUGGAAACGGACUCAAAAAUGCAAAGUGACCUGCACAAACUUAAGGCUGGACAGCCCACACAAUACCAGGACUUCACUGCAGAUAAGUUGAUUGAAUCUGACAAACUCCUCUAUGUUCUGGACGGGGACGCAGCCAUCGCUCGCCACAUGAAACACCCUCAGGGGGACAUGAUCACGGAAGAUAUCCGGCAAUUAAAGGAAAGAAUCAACAACUUGCGAGGGAAACAUGACCAGAUUUACAAUUUCACCCCACAGGAGAUUGAACCUCAGGUCAACUGGUGCUCAGCAAUUGAAGAGAAGCAGGAAAUCUUGAACAGCAGAGGCUUUGGCACAGACCUGCCAUCAGUCAACGGUCAGGUAGAGGAGCACAACAUCUUCCACAAUGAGGUGAUGGCUCUUGGACCACAUAUCACCAAAGAAGGUGAAAAGGAGUAUUCAAGUGAGCUUCAGAUGAAAUACCAGAAACUGCUGUCGGAAUCCCAACGAAGGCAGGAGAACCUGAACUUACUGCAAGAUUUUAUGCAGCGCUGCACCAAUAAGCUCUUCUGGUUAGAUCAGCAGGCUAAGGACAGGUUGCAGUUUGACUGGAGUGACCAAAACCUUGACUAUCCUACCCGCCGUCGCCAGUAUGAAAAUUUCAUAAAUAGGAAAUUGGAAGAGAAAGAGGCAGCCAUCAACAAACUGCAUGAAGAUGGUAAUAAACUCCUGUCUGAACAUCAUCCUGGAAAGAUCCCCAUUGAGGCUCACAUGGAGGCUGUCCACGCUGACUGGAAAGAAUAUCUCAAUCUACUCAUUUGUGAGGAGAGCCACCUGAAGUUCAUGGAGGACUAUCACCAGUUCCAAAAAGAUGCAAAGGAUGCACAGGACCUUCUCAGAAAAGUAGAUACAGAUCUGGACCAGAAAUAUAGCCCAGAUUUCAAAGACCGGUACCAGAUUGAAUCUUUGUUGCAUGAGUUGGAGGACCAAGAAAAGGCUUUGGAUAAGUAUGAAGAUGUGAUCAGCUCCUUACAAAAGCGCAGUCAGCAGGUUCUUCCACUGAAGUAUCGACGAGAACCUCCCCUUAAGCCCAUCCCUGUGGAGGCACUUUGCGACUAUGAAAAUGAGCAGUGCCAGGUCUCACGUGGUUACCGAUACACUCUGCACAAGAACAAUGGAGACCUCUGGGAAAUCACCGACAGCGGAGGAAAUGUAGUCCGUGCCCCUGGGGUCUGUUUCAUGAUUCCUCCCACUGAUCCUGAAUCACUCGCCUUUGCUGACAACAUUGCUGGCCAAUAUCAGUGUGUGAAACAGAAAACUGCUGGCACAAAGCAUCUUCUGCAGGAGCGCUACAAUAGCCUGAAGGCAGAGGGCAUUGGAGAUGUGGCAUCUGUACAGGGACGGCAACUGCUGGCGGAGCUGGAGAAGGUGAACAGUGAGCUAGAUAAGCAGGAGAAGGCCAUCACUGCAAACCUUCGUCCUCCUCUAGAGCAAAGUAGGGCGGUGCAAGAUAGUGCGGAGCGCUCCAAGGACCUUAAGAAUGUUACCAAUGUGAUCCGGCGCAUUGAGCCAGAGAAAAACUGCAAGAUCCAGGAAUGUGAAGUCUUCAUCGAGUCGAUGCCUGAUGCCAGUGGUACCACCUUGGUGAAGAACAAAGUAGAAGAGACAAACAACAAGUACAACUGGGUUGUCCAACUUCUCAGUGCUGCUCAAGAGAAGGUUGAUGUUGCCAAUCACCUUGAGAAGAUCCUGCAGCAAGGGAGAGACCUGCUUUCUGGCUAUGAGAACAAGCUGGCCAUCGAAGACACAAUUCCAGAGGAUAUUCAUGCCCUGGAGCGCAAGAGGGAAGAAUUGCUGGCUCUGCGUUCUGAACUCCAGGUCCAUCAGCCGCUAUUCAACGAGGCCCAGCAAGACUUGGAAAAGGCCAAGAGAUGUUCCAGUACCUUGGCGAGCCAGUUCCACGAACACUGCCCAGAUAUUGAGCGCCAGGAAACUGAGCUCCAUAAGCUCAACCAACGGUUUGGCAGCCUCAACAAGCAGUAUGAUUACAGAUCCCAGGUCCUGCAGAAAGCAAAAUCUGCCUAUUCCAACUACCGCGCUGGCUAUGAAGGACUGAGACAUUUUUUUGAAAACAUCCCCAACUAUGAACCUCAAGAAACUGACCACCUCUCUCACGUGGAAGCCAAGCUGAAGAAACAACAGUCCCUUUUGGAAGAAAUGGCAAGCAAGGAUAGAGAAGUUCACAGAGUCUCUGCAGAAGCUCAGCAGUAUCAACAGGCCGUGAAGGACUACGAACUGGAAGCAGAAAAGCUGAGAUCCAUCCUGGAUCUGGAAAAUGGCCGUAAUGGUUUCAUGAACAAGAGACCAAGACUCCAGUCUCCGGCUGCGAAGGUGAAAGAAGAGGAAGCUCUCCUGGCUGCCAGAUUCACUGAGAUCAAUGCCAUCAAUAGGCAAAGACUGCAGAACCUGGAGUUUGCUCAGACCUUGUUGAAACAGCAACCCGAUGUCCACUUGCUCGAGAAAUCGAUACAGGCCAGUAAGCCUACAAAGCCAUUAGAAGAAAUCUGGAAGUUAAAGAAGGAGCUGGAUGAUGAGACCCAAUGUCGGCAGCAUCUGGAGGAAGAGAUCAAAGUCAUCCAGCAGAACAUCCUCCAGCUGCAGAACCAGAAGCCGCAGGAGAUUGUUCUCAGGAAGGAAGUGGUCAAGAAAAUGCCUGACCCACAGCUGGAUGACAGCUUCCACAAGAUGCAGCAGAACCUGGCAGAAGAGCAGCGCAAGAACCAGGGGCUUCAGGAGGAACUGCAGGCCCUCAAGCUCAAGCUUCGAACUCUAGAGCAUGAGAAAAAAGAAGGUGGACAGGAAUACGUGGUCAAGGAAGUCCUGCGUAUUGAGCCAGACAAAGCCCAGGCAGAGGAAAUCCUGAAGCUGAAAGAAGAACUUGAGGAGCUCAAGAGACAGGAAGGAAGCCGGCAGAAUGAGAUGGUCCUUCUCCGUCACCAGAUUGCAGCUCUUUCCAAUGAGAAGAGCAAGGAGCAGGGAAAAGUGACCAGAAAGGAGGUGGUGAAGAUGCAAAAUGAUCCCCAGAUGGAGACUGAGUAUAAGCAGCUGCAGGAGAGUAAGCAGAGGGAGAGCAUGCUGAGGCAGCAGCAAGAAGAAGAACUGCGUUUACUCCAAGCCAAGCUGAAACGGCUGGAGAAAGAGCGGGCAAUGGCGGAGGGCAAGAUCACUGUGAAGGAGGUGCUGAAAGUGGAGAAGGAUCUAGCAACAGAAAGGGAAGUGAAUGAACUACGGUGCCAGUAUGAAGAAGAGAAGGCCAAGGCCCGCAUGAACGAGAGAGAGAAAGCUGAGCUGCUUAGGAAGAUCCAGGCUCUGGAGGAGGAGAACGCCAAAGUGAUCAUCCAGGAGAAAGUGCGGGAGAUUGUUCGCCCAGAUCCCCAGGCUGAAAAUGAAGUGGCCAACCUUCGCCUAGAACUGGUGGAGCAGGAGAGGCGAUACCAGGGCGGAGAAGAGCAGCUCCAGGCCUGCCAGAAUGAGCUGACCGCUCUGAAGAACAGAGGACCUCAAGUGGAAGUGCAAGAGAUAAUUAAGGAAGUGAUUAAGUACAAAACAGACCCAGCAACUGAAGCGGAGCUGCAGCAUCUCAGGGAUGAGAUUGUAGAUAGGACCAGAGCAAUUGAGAGAGCAGAUCUGGAGAUUUAUCAAUUGAAGCAAGAAAUCCAGAUGCUGAAGGAUGCCAAGCCUCAGAUCCAAGUGAAGGAGGUACUGCAAGAGAUACUGCAGUACCGGGAAGACCGCCAGACAAGAGAGGAAGUGGAGUCCCUGCGAGCUCAAUUGAUUGAAGAACAGAAGAAGCACAUGGACCUGGAGAGGGAGAAGAAGAAACAGGAGGAGAUCAUCAGGCAGAAGGAAGAAGAGCUCUCACAGGUGAGGGAAAAAGUGGUUAAGCAAGAAGUGGUGAAGCUGGAGCAAGACCCUACCUUAAAAGCUGAGAUUAAUUCCUUCUCACAGAGCAUAGAAAAUGAACUGCAGCAAAUAGACUCGCUCCGGAAUGAGAUGCGCAAGCUGCAACGGAGAAGGUCAGAACUGGAGCGCCAGCUGGAGGAAUUGGAGAAAGAAAGGCAGGCCCGUAGGGAGGCAGAACUGGAGGUGCAAAGGCUGAAGAUCAGACUGAGUGAGCUGGAGGAGCAGGAGAAGGACACAGCCGAAAGAGUAACCGUGAAGCAAAAAGUGAUUCUUCAACAAGAUCCACAGCAGGAGAAAGAGCACACUCUACUUAAGUUGGAGCUGGAAGAGGAAAAACAUAAGAAACAGGUCCUGCAAGCUGAACUGGAAGCCCUGCGGAAGAAACUGCAGAUGCUAGAGAAGAUGGAGGUCAAGGAGAAAGUGGUAUUUUCAGAGAGCGUCCAAGUGGAGAAGGGAGAUACUGAGUAUGAAAUUCAGAAGCUGAAGAACAAUCUAGAAGAGGAAAGCCGACGGAAAAUGGAACUGGAUGCAGAUAUUAAUAGGUUGGAGGCCAAACUAUCUGAAAUGGAAUUUAACAAUUCCAAAUCUUCCAAAGAAUUAGACUUUUUGAGAGAGGAAAACCACAAGCUUCACAUGGAGAAGCAGAACCUUCUUUUGGAGAUGAGAAGGUUGCAGUCAGAAAUUGAGCUCACUGUGAUGGAAGCCAACGAUUUAAAGAACAUGGCACUGAUGGAUAGAGGUAUAAAUCUAGAUUCAAGAUUCCAGACUUUGGAGAACGAACUGGGAGAGCUGAAAAGAUUAUCUCAAGAAAAAGAUGAUGAGAUUGAACAGCUUCAUAACCGUCUCCAGACAGUCGCUAUCAAGAGGGAGCAGAGAGAAAAUCACCUGAGACGCUCUAUUGUCGUCAUUGACCCCGACACAGGGAAAGAGAUGUCUCCAGAAGAAGCCCACCGAUGUGGGCUUAUCGAAUGGGGCUUGUAUGUCAAGUUGAAAAGUCAAGAAUGUGAUUGGGAAGAGAUCACAGUGAAAGGGCCUAGUGGUGAAUCUUCUAUCAUCUUGGAUAGGAAAUCAGGGAGGAAAUUCUCUAUUGAAGAUGCCUUGAAGAGUGGAAGAUUAACUAUGGCUGAGUAUGACAGUUACCUCAACAAGGAAAUGUCUAUUCAGGAGCUGGCUGUUUUGGUAUCUGGACAAAAAUAACCUCUUCACUCUCAACAUAGCAAAACUCUUUUUAAGCUGGUCCUGAGCUGUAUUGUUACAAAUCCAGAUGUUUACUAUUUAAUGCUUCCCUCAGGUCUAUAUGCCAAAACCUAGGGCGUCUUUUUCAACGUUUGGGCGCUCUUAAGCUUUAUGUCAACGCAUACAUCUUGCCAGAAUCAAAAGAUUCUGCACCUGCAUUUUUGUCAAGGUUGCAAGUUGCUCUUGUCCGAACAAUGAUGAAGUGCCUUCCUGGCACGGGGGCAGCAUGUAAUCCAACAUUCGUCUAGUCUGGGUUAUCGCUGCACAUUCUUUCAGUUUGGCAUCUCAAAUUCUCAUUCCCGCAACUAUAAUAUCCUGUGAAAUGGCUGAGGGUCAAAGUGAAAUCUGGGGAAGUCCCAUCACCAUGAAUUCAGAAUUAGAUGCCCUUGACGAGAUGCUUUUAUUUCCUUACUGCAGUGUGGGGAGAACGCUAUUCUUACCUUACCGAGUUAUUUUAAAGUUAAUACAGCGUAUGGGAAACUCUGAGCACUUUAAAGCAUUAUCUAGACAUUAUUAUAACUGCGUAAACUGGUUUGUUUCUUCUGGAUAUCAUUUAAAGGUUAGGACGUUAUCCAAAGGAAGAUCCAGCUGGUGUUAGGCCUGUCGCAGAUGCUUCAUAGUCAGUCAUUGAAAUGGGCAAGUGAAAGGCGAUUUAAAAUGAUGAACUGGCAUUAAAAUACAAUUUGAGACGGUUACAGAAAUGAUACCAUCACACCAGGAUCCAACUAGCAUUUUGUCAGAUGCUGGAUCUUGGGUCUUUUAACUACAUUAUAUGGCAGUUGUCAAAUUUUAAGGCAGUAAAGAUGUAUGUAUGUAUAUGCCUGUUUGAAGGUGGUUUUAUCUUGCAGGCCACAUUAGAUAGAGAUUGGCUCUUAUCCUUAAAAAGGAAGGGGAGAUUAGUAGAGAACCAUUACCGAUUCCAAGUGCCUUUUCCCCCAAAGUCUCACUUGUAAGACGCAAGCACUGGUGUUUUGCUUACUUAUAUUUGAUUGUAUGUAUUCACGUAUUUGUCGGAGAAGGGAAAUGGGAAAUGUUAUUUUUACCCCUCAGUUAUAAUAAAGAAGUGAUCUAA